AUGUUCCUGACCGCGCUCCUGAGCCGCGGCCGCAUCCCCGGCCGGCAGUGGAUCGGGAAGCACCGGCGGCCGCGGACCGUGUCGGCGCUGGCGAAGCAGAACGUGAUCCGUCGCCUGGAGAUAGAAGCGGAGAACCACUACUGGCUGAGCCGGCCUUUCCUCACGGCCGAGCAGGAGCGCGGUCACGCGGCGGCCCGCAGGGCGGCCGCCUUCAAGGCGCUCAAGGCGGCGCAGGUCGCCAAGUUCCCCGCGCACCGUCGGCUGGAGGACCAGCUCGACCACCUCAACGUCACCAGGAGGUGGUACUCACCGUGA